CAGAAGGUGUUUUGUCAUGCUCUUUUAUUUCCUGCCAUUCACUCUCAAUUGGUGUAUAUAAGCCUUUUGCAGUCCCCAACCUUUGCAGCCUCUCACAGUACCCUUCUUUUGCCAACCCAGAGAGGGACAGCCCUGAGACUCAGAGCUGAUCAGAAGGGGGCGUGAGUAAGAGUGGAGGUUGUGGUGGUGGCUCUAUCAGCCUCUUCCCUCAGCCUUUCACACGUGACAUGAGAUGACACCACACGUGGGAGUGGAGAAAGAGAAUCUUUCACAAGAAAUGGAGGUGCCACUUGCUUUUCAGGUGUGUGAGCCACACUUUCUUGUGGGUGUAAUGGGUGUGGGGAUCACGUACUUUGAGGUGGUUCUGAUGUUGCAGCCCUCAGAUGGAGUCAAAAUAGAGGUCAGGGCCAGUCAGGGUGGUGAAGAAGUGAAGGGCAGAGAAGAGAAAAGAGGAGAAGGAAGCGUAGUCGUGUGGGUUUCUGUUAAAAAACCAACACUAGUGCUAGCUGCUUCUAAGGUUUUUUCACUUCACUCUGCGACUCUUCUCCUUUCCCUUAAGCCCUCUCUUUUCUCUCUUUCUUGGUUUCUCUUCCACUUUCUUUUAUUUUGUUUUAUUUUUUCUUUUUUCCAGUCAUGAAUGUGACAUUGCAACAGUUAGACAGCACCUUCUGUCACCAAGAAAACGAUGGCAUGGCUAAACAAUGUCAUAUUUACAAGCCUUUCUCUCCCUCUUCAUCAAUGGGAGUGUUUGAGGACAUGGGUUCUCUCUCCAUUAGCCCAAGCUACGGAGCUUACUGUUGUAAGAGUUCUGAUCAGAGGGGGCUGCACAUGGGUUUUCCAUUAAUGGGGAACUGCAGCAGUAGUUUGGAUGACACCCAGAACAGUGAGGGUGGUGGUGGAGAUGGCAAGGGGUCUGAAACCAGUGAUGGGUUUGGGGAAAACAGUGGCGUUGCCAUGGAAAUCAUCAACAAGGGCAUCAACUUAAAUGAAGAGAGACCAAAUGAGAGCUCUGGAUUAGAUGGUGGCCAGUCAAAGCUAUGUGCCAGAGGGCAUUGGAGGCCUGCAGAAGACUCUAAACUCAGAGAACUUGUUGCUCUUUAUGGCCCACAGAACUGGAACCUUAUAGCAGAGAAGUUGGAAGGAAGAUCAGGUAAGAGCUGCAGAUUAAGAUGGUUUAACCAGUUGGACCCAAGAAUCAAUAGAAGAGCUUUCACUGAGGAAGAAGAAGAGAGGCUAAUGGCAGCUCAUAGAUGGUAUGGUAACAAAUGGGCCAUGAUUGCUAGACUCUUCCCAGGAAGGACUGAUAAUGCAGUAAAAAAUCACUGGCAUGUUAUAAUGGCAAGGAAAUACAGAGAGCAGUCUAGUGCUUAUAGGAGGAGAAAGAUGAAUCAAGCUGCUCACAAAAAGUUGGAGGUGGGUGGUGGGAGCUAUGUGUGCAGAGAUACAUCCAUUAGAACUGAACACAACUCUCUCAAUGUCUGCAAUGGCAACAACUUCAUCAAAUCUUCUCACCACUUCCCAUUUGCAGCUCAUAUGGGUGGUGGUGGGUCUAUUAUCAAUGGCUCCCACAUGACCAGUAGUGAAGAAGCAGUGUCAAGUGGUGGUGGUGAUUGGUUGGUGGGUGCUUCUUCAAGCAGCAACACUAUGUUGCCUCCUCACCACACUGGACCUUGUCCAAGCCAGACACCUUUUCAUUUCCUUUCUGACUCUGUUGCAUCAACAUCACAAGUCUCAGUCAGUGAACCAUCAUCAUCAACAUCAGCUGCAGAGAACAUGGCAAACACCCAUUUUGAGGCCACCAUAUCACCACCAUUUAUAGACUUCCUUGGAGUAGGAGCCACAUGAAGGAAAAGAGUUUCCAAAAGCUAGUAAAAAAAAAGAUUUAGAAGACGUAGUUCAGACAGGUGACACUCCCCCCAAAAGAAAAAAAAAAAGAAAAAAAAAAGAAAAAGAAAAUCAUCAUCUGUUUCCUUGUACCCAUUCCCACAAGAAACCAUUUCCAAAGCUGAAACAAUAAACUUUAUCUUCAUCAUCA